AUGGGGAAACAUAAACACAGCAAAGAUAAGUUAUACAUUUUACAAUCAGAGUAUAGAAGAGAUGCCUUGAUAAAGAAACAGCAGAAAUCCAAGAACUCAACCUUCCUCCCAUUUAAUUAUUGCUGCAUAAGCUUAAGACCCUUUAGUGAACCAUACUGUGAUGAAGAUGGAAGACUAUAUGAUAAAAAAAGCGUUUUGGAAAAAAUGGCCAUGAUAAAAGAGGAAGGGAAAAAAAUGGAAGCAACUAUUGACAUAAAAAAUUUAAUUAAGGCAAACUUUUACAAACAUAAUAAUGAAUACAUAUGUCCUAUAACGAGAAAGUAUUUUAAUCAACAUUCAAAAAUUAUUUUAAAUAAAAAAACAGGGAAUGUAUAUUCAUCAGAAAUAUUUAAAUUAUUUCAUAACAAAAAAGAUAUGUUUGAUCCAAUUACUCAUGACCCCAUGGACAAAACAGAUUUAAUUGUCUUACAAGAUCCGUUGAAUAAAGUUGCCAAUAUGAAUGAACUUAGUCAAAAUUUUGUUCAGACGAAAAAAAUAAAGUCCCAGUCGAUUCAGGGAAACGGGGCAAUUAUGAAUAUCUUACAAGAAGUAAAGAAACAAAGAGGGGAAGCAAAAUAUGGUGACAAGAAAUAUGAACAUGUCAAAAUAGAGGAAGGAGAUGGAGGGAAGCAGAUCGAACAAAAUACAACUCCAAAUGAAAAAGGAAUAAAUGAAAAACAAAUGAAAAGCGAUGGGAAAAAUGUUGCAUUAUCCCAAUUUGAUGAUGAAGAUGAUGACAGUAGCGAAAAUGAAAUAAAAAUAAAAUGUGAAAAUUAUAGUGAUAAUAAACUGGCACAAAGUGUAACUUCAACUAUAUCGAAUGUUACAUACAAAAAUAGUUUUAUUUAUCUUUCAGAAACUCAAGUUCACGAUUUAAUAUAUGAACAUGUUAGAAAAAACAAAAAGAAUAGUUAUGUGAGAUUAAUAACUGACCUAGGUAUGAUCAAUAUAGAAUUAAACGCAUCGACAUAUCCUCAAUUAUGCCACAAUUUUUUAUUAUUAAGUGAGUAUAAAUAUUAUGACAAAACUGACAUUUUUAAAAAAGAUAAAAGAGAUGACAUUGUUUAUUUUGGUUCUAGUAAAAACAAUUACCAUUCUGCUGCAUCCGGAUUUUAUUGGAGAAAAAAAUUAAAAAAGCAUAAAUUAAAGAAAAUAAAGGAUGAAACCGUUAUACAUAAAUUUAAAGAAUCAUUAAUGACAGUAAAUAGUGACAAUGAUAGUGAUGUAGAAAUUAAAUAUAUAAAAUACAAUGAUAAUAAACAUACCGUGGAGAAAACAUGUUUUGGAAAUAUAUAUCUCUUUAGGUAUUACAAUCAAAAGUACUCAAAUAUGUUUUAUAUUUGCUUAUCCGAGGAACACAAAACACGUGAUGCUUGCGUAGGAAAGGUCGUAGGAGGAAAUGAAACCUUAAGGAAAUUAAAAAAUUUGGACUCAACUGCAAACAGUGAUACACAACAUAUACUGAAUGAAGUGAUUAUUUACACAAACCCAUUUAAAGAUGUUGUAAAAGAAAUGAAAGGAAAUUUAAAAAAAAAGGAAGAAAAGAAAGACUAUAAGGAGCAUAAUACAGAAAGCUACAUAGAUGAUGAAAAAUAUGUUCAAAAUAAAAAUGAUAGCAUUGGUAAAUAUAUAAAAUGGGACAAUUUUAAGAAGAGUGCAACAACAUCAAAUACUGCUACUGCUGCUGCUACCCAAUCAGUUAAUAGUAAGGAGGAAUUAAGUAAACCUAACUUAAAUGUUUUGAAAAAGGAAACAUUCUCAAAAUCGAAACAGAUCAGUAGAAUGAAUUUUUCCUGUUGGUAG